AACAAUAUUUUUUUUAUUUUUUGUGUUUACAGACAAUAGUUUUUUAGAAAAAUGUUAAGACUUUAUAUUUUUAAACAAUUGCCAAGAAUUACUCUAGUGUCUAGCGCUAAACUUACAACUGCAGCUUCUAUGCAAUGGCGUGAUACAAAUAAAGUGACACAAAUCCCCGCACAACUUCCAUUUAAAGCAUCAACGAGAAACAUAUUCAUAUCAACUCGAUUAGAAAAAUACAAUCGCAAAUCUGGAGCUAAAGAUGAAGAGACAGACAGUGAAGAUGAAGCAGAUCCAGAAUUUAAAGACGAAAGAGAUUCAAAGGUGGUAAAAACCAAAGUUAAUUCAUUAAGAGCCGAUUUAUUGUUAAAAGCCGGUUUGGGUAUAGCAAGAAACAAAAUUGAAAAUAUAUUUUAUGAAAGCAGAAUACGGGUAAAUGGAAAAAAGUUAGCCAAGAAGAGUGUACAGCUCUAUGAAGGCGAUGAAAUUGAUGUUAUUCGUGGCUUUAGCCAACAAAAUCCUUCUCAUCUAGUAGUUUCUCGUGUAAUAAUACUGUCGGCCUCUGAACGUGAAGAGGGUUAUAGUGUAAAUUUGAGACGUUAUAAAAGUUUGCUAGUGGAAAAUUAUUCGGGUGUUAAUGCCUUUAAAUCGACUGUAGCAGAUCAUUAGAAAUUAAAUUAUGUUGUUUCGUUAAAAACAAGCUUAAAUUGAAUAAAUAAUAUAGUUAAAAUAAA